GGACGCGGGUCUUAACAUACGCCACCAGUUCCUUUACUCCUCAGGCCGGAGCCUUCGCUUUCCGGAAGCCACCACCGUCACGAUAUUCUUUUCUAUCUCUCUGUCACUUUCUUUGAUAGAAGGGAAAAAAUGGAAUCUUUAAGUCAGGCAUCUCCAAGGCACCAGCCAAUGAAAUAGGCAGUGGAGAUGGGGUCUUUUGCUCGCGCCGAAAUUCAAAGGCAUAAAUAGUUCCGGCCCCGGCGCUGAGCGCGGGAGGGUGUUGUAGCCGCUGUGAUGGGGUUUCCUUCUUAGCGCCCGAAUUUGGGCAAAGCUGAUGUGCUCUCCUCCCUGGUGACCAGGAAGAACUUUGGGGACGCCUCAAGCCCAGGCAGCCUGACGCAGCGAACUGCAUUGUGGCGUGUUUGGUUUCUAGCAGCGAUUUACCUUUCCAAGUCAGUAGUGAAAAUGCACAUUAAGUCAAUCAUUCUUGAGGGAUUCAAGUCCUAUGCACAGAGGACUGAAGUCAAUGGUUUUGACCCCCUCUUCAAUGCUAUCACUGGUUUAAACGGUAGUGGGAAAUCCAACAUUUUGGACUCCAUCUGCUUUUUGCUGGGCAUCUCCAAUUUGUCUCAGGUUCGGGCUUCUAAUUUACAAGAUUUAGUUUACAAAAAUGGACAGGCUGGUAUUACCAAAGCCUCAGUGUCAAUCACCUUUGAUAAUUCUGACAAAAAGCAAAGUCCUUUAGGAUUUGAGGUUCAUGAUGAAAUUACAGUAACAAGGCAGGUGGUUAUUGGUGGCAGAAAUAAAUAUUUAAUCAAUGGAGUAAAUGCAAAUAAUACCAGAGUACAGGAUCUCUUCUGUUCUGUUGGCCUUAACGUUAACAACCCUCACUUUCUCAUCAUGCAGGGCCGAAUUACAAAGGUGUUGAAUAUGAAACCUCCAGAGAUUUUGUCCAUGAUAGAAGAAGCAGCUGGAACUAGGAUGUAUGAAUACAAAAAAAUAGCUGCCCAGAAGACAAUAGAGAAAAAGGAGGCUAAGCUAAAAGAAAUUAAGACGAUUCUUGAAGAAGAAAUUACUCCAACCAUUCAAAAAUUAAAAGAGGAAAGAUCUUCCUAUUUGGAGUACCAAAAAGUAAUGAGAGAAAUAGAACAUUUGAGUCAUUUAUACAUUGCUUAUCAGUUUUUGCUGGCUGAAGAUACCAAAGAACGCUCAGCUGAGGAGUUAAAAGAAAUGCAAGAUAAAAUUCUAAAGCUUCAAGAAGAACUGUCUGAGAAUGAUAAAAAAAUAAAAGCACUUAGUCAUGAAAUAGAAGAGUUGGAAAAAAGAAAAGAUAAGGAAACUGGAGGUAUACUUCGAUCUUUAGAAGACGCUCUUGCAGAAGCUCAGCGAAUUAAUACUAAAUCUCAAAGUGCCUUUGAUCUCAAGAAGAAGAAUCUGGCAAGUGAAGAGAACAAACGCAAAGAGCUGGAAAAAAAUAUGGUUGAAGAUUCUAAAACGUUAGCAGCCAAGGAAAAAGAGGUUAAAAAGAUAACAGAUGGACUGAAUGCUCUUCAAGAAGCAAGCAAUAAAGAUGCUGAAGCUUUGGCUGCCGCACAACAGCACUUCAAUGCUGUUUCUGCUGGCCUGUCCAGUAAUGAAGAUGGAGCAGAAGCAACUCUUGCUGGUCAAAUGAUGGCCUGUAAAAAUGAUAUAAGUAAAGCUCAGACAGAAGCCAAACAGGCUCAAAUGAAGUUGAAACAUGCCCAGCAAGAAUUAAAGACUAAACAAACCGAAGUUAAGAAGAUGGAUAGUGGCUACAGGAAAGAUCAAGAAGCAUUAGAAGCUGUGAAGAAACUUAAAGAAAAACUUGAAGCUGAAAUGAAAAAGCUAAAUUAUGAAGAAAACAAAGAGGAAAGCCUUCUGGAAAAGCGCAGGCAGCUGUCUCGUGAUAUCAGUAGAUUGAAAGAAACAUAUGAAGCUCUCUUGGCCAGAUUUCCCAAUCUUCGAUUUGCCUAUAGGGAUCCAGAGAAGAACUGGAAUAGAAAUUGUGUGAAAGGACUUGUAGCUUCACUGAUUAGUGUGAAAGAUAUUUCUGCAACCACAGCUUUAGAAUUGGUGGCUGGGGACAGACUCUAUAAUGUUGUAGUCGACACGGAGGUUACUGGAAAAAAGCUACUAGAAAAGGGAGAGUUGAAGCGUCGAUAUACUAUAAUUCCACUCAAUAAAAUUUCAGCCAGAUGUAUUGCUCCAGAAACUCUGAAAAUUGCUCAGACUCUUGUUGGCCCUAAUAAUGUUCAUGUGGCUCUUUCUCUGGUUGAGUAUAAACCAGAACUUCAGAAAGCAAUGGAAUUUGUAUUUGGAACAACAUUUGUUUGUGACAAUAUGGAUAAUGCAAAAAAAAUAGCUUUUGAUAAAAGAAUAAUGACUAGAACUGUAACUCUGGGAGGUGAUGUAUUUGAUCCUCAUGGAACAUUGAGUGGAGGUGCUCGAUCCCAGGCAGCUUCUAUUUUAACGAAGUUUCAAGAACUCAAAGAUGUUCAAGAUGAGCUGAGAAUCAAGGAGAAUGAGCUACAGGCUCUAGAAGAGGAAUUGGCACAUCUUAAAAACACUGCUGAAAAGUAUCGCCAACUAAAACAGCAGUGGGAGAUGAAAACUGAGGAGGCAGAUUUAUUACAAACCAAGCUUCAGCAAAGCUCCUAUCAUAAGCAACAAGAAGAAUUAGAUGCUCUUAAAAAAAUCAUUGAGGAAAGUGAGGAGACCUUAAAAAACACCAAAGAAAUUCAAAAAAAAGCAGAAGAAAAAUAUGAAGUAUUGGAAAAUAAAAUGAAAAACGCAGAAGCUGAAAGAGAGAGAGAGCUAAAGGAUGCUCAGAGAAAACUAGAUAGUGCCAAAACUAAAGCAGAUGCUUCUAGCAAGAAAAUGAAAGAGAAACAGCAGGAAGUUGAAGCUAUUACCCUGGAGCUGGAAGAGCUCAAGAGAGAGCAUGCAUCCUGUGAACAACAGCUUGAAGCUGUAAAUGAAGCUAUCAAAUCCUAUGAAGGCCAGAUUGCAGUAGUGGCAGCAGAGGUGGCUAAAAAUAAGGAGUCAGUAAAUAAAGCCCAAGAAGAGGUGACCAAGCAAAAAGAAGUAAUAACAGCCCAAGACAACAUAGUUAAAGCUAAAUAUGCAGAAGUAGCAAAACAUAAGGAGCAAAACAAUGAAUAUCAGCUUAAAAUUAAGGAACUGGAUCACAACAUCAACAAACAUAAACGGGAAGCUGAAGAUGCUGCUGCAAAGGUGUCCAAAAUGUUGAAAGAUUAUGACUGGAUUAAUACAGACAAACACCUCUUUGGGCAACCCAAUACUGCCUAUGAUUUCAAAACUACCAACCCAAAAGAAGCUAGUCAGAGGCUUCAGAAGUUGGAAGAAAUGAAGGAAAAACUAGGAAGAAAUGUUAACAUGAGAGCUAUGAAUGUACUGACAGAAGCUGAAGAGCGGUAUAAUGAUUUGAUGAAGAAGAAGAGAAUUGUAGAAAAUGACAAAUCUAAAAUCCUGGCAACUAUAGAAGAUCUUGACCAGAAGAAAAACCAAGCCCUAAAUAUUGCUUGGCAAAAGGUGAACAAGGACUUUGGAUCUAUUUUUUCUACUCUUUUGCCUGGUGCUAAUGCUAUGCUUGCACCACCAGAAGGACAAACUGUAUUGGAUGGUCUGGAGUUUAAGGUUGCCUUAGGAAAUACUUGGAAAGAAAACUUGACUGAACUUAGUGGUGGUCAGAGGUCUUUAGUGGCUUUGUCAUUAAUACUGUCCAUGCUUCUCUUCAAACCUGCUCCAAUUUAUAUCCUGGAUGAGGUAGAUGCAGCCUUAGAUCUUUCCCAUACCCAGAAUAUUGGACAGAUGCUACGUACUCAUUUCACACAUUCUCAGUUCAUUGUGGUGUCCCUAAAGGAAGGUAUGUUCAACAAUGCCAACGUCCUUUUCAAAACCAAGUUUGUGGAUGGUGUUUCUACAGUAGCCAGAUUUACUCAGUGUCAAAAUGGAAAAGUUCCAAAGGAAACAAAAUCUAAGACAAAAGGACCCAAAUGAUCACAUAUGGAAGUUAAAAGUACAGAUUUAUUCCAUUCCUUCAUCUUGACCUGUUUUUUAAACAUAAACUUUUUUAAGAAUUUGGGGUUCAUUAUUUUGUUACUUAACCACUUAUUUAAUCACUUAUAAAUGAGCCUAAAUUCCUCGUCUGAAUUAGUGUUAACUAUGGUCCAAUUACUGUGAUAGUGAUUUUCUGUAUGUUAUCAACUGUUUUUUCUUACACAAGUCUUUUAUAUAUCAGGGAGCCUGAGACAUAUAGUUGGUGGUAAAUUUUGUAUGUAAAAGCAAAGUAUAAAAAGAUGAAAUUAAAUUAUAGGAUAAAUAUAGCUGAUAGUCAGCUUUUAAUAAUUAGUUAAUUCCUAAGGUAAUAUUACUGUGUUUUCUAUUACUAAUAAUAUCAUUCGGGUAAGGAAGAAUUAUAAAGCAAGCAAGUAGGUGGACCAACAAAGGGAACACAAAGAAAACUAUUAGACAUGCACUAAGCUUUUUGUGAUUUAGUUCUUCGAGGACAUAAUGCCAGAUCCCUGAUUUAUACUCACAUGAGAAACAGAUCUUGAAAGGUUUCUCUUGUUUUAAUGAUGUUUGAAUAUCAUGUUUCUAUAUAUUUAGUAAUUGGUCUGUGCAAUCUUAAAUUUUUUAAAAAGUCUAUGAAUAUUUAAUAAAUGCUUGGGAGAAGGUAUGUUGCAUGUUAUAAGUUUAUCCAAAGUCUCCUAAUAUUUUUUUUUAAAGAUUUUUGUCAGCCUUUUCAUAAUCCAGUCAAUAACAAUCUAUUGGUGAGUGAAAAUGUAGGAGCCAGCAGACCAAACCAAAUUAUCUUUUUCCUUUAGUUCUGAUAUAUAUGUCAUAUGUAUAUAUAUAUAUAUAUAUAUAUAGAUCCAUUUGUUCUAUCAAAAGGGCUCAGAAUUCAUUGAUUAUUAUAUAUGUUAGUGUCCCUGCUUUCCAUUGCAAAAACAUGAAUUUCUGUUAAGAACUCAAAAGCUAGGCCUAACAAACACCAUAAGAAUACUAUAUUUGGCCCCUUAGUACCUUAGUAUCUCUUAGUGUGUCACUAGAACCAUGUCUCCAAACUCUAAAUCUUGAAAGUUCUGACAUCUAAUCUGACCUUGGAUGUGUUAUUUUGGCUCCACGUUGUUUCUUAGUUCCUUUGUGGUAUCCUUUUCUUAACAUAUGCUCAUAUUCCCUGGCCCUAGGUUUAUUUUUUCUCAUCCUUCAUCCUCAUGCAUAUGUGAGGAUGUCAGGUAACUGAUACUCUGGGGCACAUUGUAAAGGAUUGAAUGUGGAAUUAGUUCAGUCUACCGUAAGAGGAGGAGACAAAGCUGUAAAUGCUGUUAUAUAGGCUGUCCAUUAUCACAUGCAAUAGAUGUAAGUUUAUUUCUUUUCAAGUAUAUUGCAGAUUGUUUGUCAAAGGAAUUAAUCAGUUCACACUGUCACCAAUAUAGUAUGUUGACCACAACCUACACAGCACUGGCUGUUAUUUGUAAUGCUUCUGAUUUACUAGUUAUAAAACAGUAUUUAAUUGCUAUUUUUAAUUAUCAUUUUAUAAGUAACUUGUGGGAUUGAAUAUUUUGCCAUAUUAUUAAUUUUCUUUCCUCAGCCAACAAUUCUGUUUGCUUUCCUAAUUUUUGUUACGGAAAUCCUCAAACAUUAAAUUUUUGUGAGUAA